ACGUCUGAUCUGCAUUGGAUCAGGUCCAUGCUUUGGAUGCGGCAGUCUUUUGAAUGGUCUUUUGCAUCAGUAGUCCAGGAAGUCAGCGCGUGGGCCUGUUGUGACCAUAUACGUAUCGAUCUUCUGAAAGGUUGCGCUGACUGGUGAAAUGUCAACCUCAAAACUACUAACCCUGGUUCUUGUGAUCGAGCCUGAGCGAGUUUUGCUUGGCAUGAAGAAGCGAGGAUUUGGGUCAGGGAAAUGGAACGGUUUUGGGGGCAAAGUUGAGACAGGAGAGACCAUUGAAGAUGGUGCGAGGCGGGAACUGAAAGAAGAAAGUGGUCUGGAAGUGGACGUUCUUGAGAAGAUUGGAAAUAUCAAAUUUGAAUUUGUUGGCGAAAAAGAACUUCUUGAUGUGCAUAUUUUCAGGUCGGACUCCUAUACUGGAGAACCAAAAGAAUCGGAUGAGAUGCGGCCUCAGUGGUUUGACAUUGACAAAAUACCCUUCAGCCUGAUGUGGCCAGACGAUAUCCUCUGGUUUCCACUCUUGUUACAGAAGAAGAAAUUCCUAGGCUAUUUCAAGUUCCAGGGUCAAGACAAGAUCCUGAGCCACACAUUGGAUGAGGUAGAGGACCUCUGAAAGAGCACCCAAUGGUUGCCUGGAUAUCGUUACCCACGGAUGUCAUAAAGGAGCAAACCUUUAUUUCGUUUUUGUAUCAUUUGUUAGAGGAGGUUGUUAAAAGGUGAGGGGGGUUACAGUUUCUGUAUUAUACACUUUAGAUGUGAGUAAACAACAUACUGUAUUAUGUGUGGGAUAAAUCUGUUCCACAUACUUUUGUUUUCAAAUUCAAGGAACGAAAAUGUUAAAACAAUUAUUGUAAAUUCAUCAUCUUGAGCAUAAUAAACGUUUUAUAGAUCUUUAUAUUUCACAAUUUUCCACUUUGCCUCCACAUCCAACCGUCAUUAAACAAGAAUUGUUUUUACCUUCAUUAACUCUUAAACCAAACAUCUGUGCAAAAAGUAUGAACUGUUUUCAAGCGAGUGAAUUAUAGUGUAAAACAUAGCUUCAGAAUCAGACAGGACAAGUCCCUUUGACAUAGCUUAGAAAUGUUGUUCCAUAGAAAAAUCAUUGUACAGUACAAGUAUGUAUGAAAUACAUUUUUCAAUACCAUAAAUGGAAUAAGGUAUUAAAACACAAAGAUUUUCAUCUUGCCCUGUUAUCACAGCCAGCGAUAGAAAAUACAGUGAGUGAGAACACAUUUUGGUACAAAUUGUUGGAUAAAUGUCAACUGCCCAUUGUUAAAAAUAUGUACAAAAUAGAAAAUAUAAUUUCAUCAGAUAAAUUAUACGAAUACCACUUGUGUUUGACAAAUAUGUGCAAGCUUGAUGUCUGUAGUUAUAUUUGUUUCAUAUUUUUGCAAUCUAAAAAGAAUGGAAUGACAGAAGCUCACCUAGAAAGGAUCUAAUAAACUAUGCUAACAUCUAUAAAGUAAGACCUUCAUUUAUGAAAAAUAUAUUUCAGUUACAGUCAUAUUUUGAAUAUAACCAUGCGUUUCCCAGUUAGUCUGAUGCAAAAGCCCAUUGGCAAAUAUGAUAACAUACUUGGCCAGCUCCAGGUAAAGGGCACCUGUUCCACUUUUUUUACCACUUAUCUUGGGUGUACUUUGUAAAGUAUUUACACAUUUGGCUCAUAAGAGAAUGGAAUGAACAAAAAUAUAUCUGACUUCUACAGCUCCUUAAUUAAAAUG